UCCCUCCACUGGGGAGGUUUUUGACAGAGGAAAGAUGGCUGUUGCCUCUGCCUUGGGAAGAAGCUUCCCAAUUCUGCCAUGCUGCUCUUCUUUAUCCUCCCUAGAGAAACACGUCUGUAAAUCCUCAUUUGGGGCAGCAAACACAUAUUCACCUGCUGGUAUAGGACACACCAGGCGUGGCUCGGGAAUUGUGGUUCAAGCCCAGGAACGCCCCACGUGGCUUCCUGGCCUCGAUCCUCCCUCCUAUCUGGAUGGAAGUCUUGCUGGAGAUUUUGGGUUCGACCCACUUGGGCUUGGCGAGGACCCUGCAAGCUUGAAGUGGUAUGUGCAGGCUGAGUUGGUUCAUGCUCGCUUUGCUAUGGCUGGAGUUGCAGGAAUUCUCGCCACGGAUCUGCUCCGUGUAACGGGAAUCAGCAAUUUGCCGGUGUGGUAUGAAGCAGGUGCCAUGAAAUUCUCGUUUGCCAGCACGAGAACUCUGUUCAUUGUCCAACUGAUCUUGAUGGGAUUCGUUGAAACCAAGAGGUAUAUGGAUUUUGCUAAUCCUGGAUCUCAAGCCAAAGAUGGAUCAUUCUUUGGGUUGGAAGCUGCACUAGAAGGUCUAGAACCAGGAUACCCUGGUGGUCCUUUGUUAAAUCCACUUGGACUAGCUAAAGAUAUAAAGAAUGCUAAAGUGUGGAAGCUGAAAGAGAUCAAGAAUGGAAGGCUGGCCAUGGUGGCCAUGCUCGGCUUCUUUGUCCAAGCUUCCGUGACUCAUGUUGGUCCUGUCGAAAAUCUUCUGGAUCACCUCUCGGAUCCAUGGCAUAGAACUGUUAUCCAAAUCCUUGCCAGUUCUAGUUCUUGACUCUGAUUUGUAGUGGGGCUUGGUUAUCAUUCAUGACAAGUUGAAAUGUGCAUCAUAUUCUACAAUUUUUUUCUUAUUUUUUCAAGCCUAGUCUUGUGCUUUGUUAGAAUCAUUCGACGGACUGUUGCGUGAAUGUUUUGCUUGCCUCACAAAUGAAUUAAAUUGAUCAAACUGAAAAUAAACAUUAUAAGAGAGAAUUUGAUUUCA